AUGAGUUUUGUUUCAAAGAAACCUCUGUAAGCUCUUAAAAUUGUCUGCCAAUUCUACCCUCCUGCUCUAGGAUUAGUGUAUAAGUAAGAAUGUUGAACUAAAGAAGACGACCAGACAAUAAAACAAAAAUGUAUAAGAUUUAAUUUAAUGAGAUGGUUCAAAUCAACGAUGCAGAAAAAAUUACAUUUUUUUUAUUUGAUUAGCAUUCAUUAUAUUUUAAUGAGCAGACUGUUCCUUAUUAACAAAUACUUGAAGUUGUACAACUCAUACUAUCAAAUUAAAAACUUAUGAAAUCAAGUUCUUUGUCUUUUAAGAAGAAACAAUCGCCAUUUACCUAUGAUUAAGCUUUUUCUGAUGAAGAUAUCGACCUUAUUUGA